GGUGCAGGAAGAAACCUGGAGGUGCAGGAAGCAACAGCCGUGUUUGCUUUGCUCCUCCGUUCACUACAAGAAUUUGUUUCAGAAGAUUCCAACGACAACAAAAGAGAGAUUCAGCAAUUGAAUGAAGUUCAGACAGAAGCUAUGGACGCAGAUUCUGAAUAUCGUGAAAAUAGUGAUUCUUCAUUUGUUUGGGAUGAGAAUUCACAACUUUACUUCCACGCCAGUAGUGGAUUCUACCAUGACCCUAAUGCUGGCUGGUACUAUAGCAACAAAGAUGGUGCUUAUUACAAAUUUGAGGAUGGGAAUUAUGUGCUUUUAGGUACCAAAGAGGAUGAUAAUGUUGAAAUGUAUCAGUGCAAGGAAACUACAAAAGAAAAUCCUCAACAAAUAUAUGAUGGUAACAACAAUGAGGAUCACCCUUCCUUCCUUGAAAGUAAAUUUGAAACUAACCAACAGAUAGGAACCCUGGCUGAUGAAGCACCUGCUGAUACCCCAAAUUCCGUGAGUAGUCCAACUUGUGAAGAUCCUCCUCCACCACCAUCAGAAUGGUUAGAGGACACGCUUAUCGAUCUUUACUUAUCUGGCUACAAGAACAUAGAAGUUAGUGAAGCCGAUGCAGUGACAGUGCCAUUUGAAACAGAUGAUAGAUAUAACUCGUUAGCAGCUGAUGCUUACAGCAAAAGUUACGAAGUGGAAGGCGAGUGGAUCCUAGAACCAGGAGAUGAAAAUGGCUUAGCUUAUAAUAGAAGUACUGUGGAUGAAGGUAUACCUUAUAGCAACACUUAUGAACUGGAAGAAGGUGAAUGGAUCCCAGACAUGGAGGACGAAUAUGGCAUAGCUGAUAGAAGUACCAUAGAUGAAGCCAUCUCAUUGGAUGAAGAGAAAUGGCGAGCUCAAUAUGGUCAAGUUACUGAAUCAGGGAAAGAUCUGGUUUCAGAGGUUCCAAUUGUGGACUUGUGGGAUUGGGAAAUGGUUACGGGAUCCAAAAGAGAUGGAAAAGAUAAGAUGGCAAGGUUGGUUGGUAGACUGGUUAAACCAUCUGCAAAGCAACAUCCAUCUAUCCCUUUCAGUGGAGGGAAAUUAAGAUCUGCUCCCAUCUGUGAAGCACAUCUCGAUCUGGUACGAGUUAAAACAGGACAAGUGUACAGAUUGCGAAAUCCUAGCGCAAAAUAUGUGGCUUCAUUAUCAACUUAUGAUUCUUCCAAUCCAACAGAACAUUGGGAUUUUCCCCAGUUAUCACCUAAUAGAAAAAUCAAACGUCACUCUAAGUCCAGUGAAAGCUCUGCUUCAGCUUUGGAUGAAACCCCUAUUGAGAAGGAUUUGUCUGCAUUGCCAAGUCAGCUCUCUGCCUCUAAGAAAAUAAAACAUCAAUACAGAGAUAGGGCUGCUGAAAGAAGAAUAUUGCAUGGUGGCUUCGGCAUGGGUCCAGGACAGAAGAAUCUGUCGGACAUUUAUAAUACACCAUCUUCACCUGUUGAUGAUUGUCCACAAGAAGCUACGGCAGAGGCCUUGGAGAUGUCAUUUGGAGCUGGUAGUUAUGCUAGAAAACUUCUAAAAAGCAUGGGUUGGAAGGAGGGGGAAGGGCUUGGCAGUUCUACGAAGGGCUUGGUAGAACCUAUUCAACCAGUUGGAAACGUUGGUACUUCUGGUUUGGGAUGGUCUCGUUGAAAUUAGUAGUGGAGUCACAGAGAUAUUUAGUGUCCAUGUCUUGAAGGAGGAUUCUAGGGUGAACCACCUUAAUAGGUGGUUCAUUAUGGACCAUUAUUUACAGUACUUGGAUUAAUCUAAGUAGCACAAGGUUAUUGUACAGCAUCUGUAUCAUAUUUUCUCCUCUUUAUUCUCCAUCUCUUAGUUAUCUCCGGCAACGCCUUGAUUUCUUCGGUCAUGUCUCCACUAUCUCCGGUGACACUUCCGACAUGUACCUAACGACAAGAUCCUGUAGUCCAGCAUCGGGAAUGAUGUUGCGACCUCAAAUCUUGGUAGGAACUACCACGAGCCGGAAUCCUCACUUGUUCAUGGAAUCCACCAAAUCCAAACACAUAACCCUCCUCACAGAACUCCUGGCCUCCCUCGCAUCCUUCACUUUCGGCCCCUUCGUCAUCCUCACACCCACAAACAAACACAAAAACCUCAUCAUCUCUCCGGCAUCCCUCCAUGGACACCUCCUCCACUUGGCCUUGCACAUAUCGAUUUCUCCAACAAUAUCAUGUACCUCUUCCGUCAUUUAAUCUUAAACACAAACAACCCAUAUUUUUUUUAUCACCAUAUAUAUGAAACCCAAUUGAUAAAUUUUGCCACCAUUUCCAUUUCACAAUGGCUGCUUCAAUCAGAAAUUAGAAACUGCAAAUUCAAAAGCAUUGUAAAUCUAUUUGGUAAAAGUUUACAACUUU